AUGUAUGCAUUGCAGGACGCGCCGCUUACGAUUGCGCACGGUGCAUGGGGCCGAGGCUUACGAGCGACACGAGCUAUUCAAGCGGGCGAGACACUCUUGAUCGAUGACGCGUACGUGCGUGUACUUCGUACGACGGAGGCGGUGCAUCGGUGCCACUUCUGUCUCGCGAAGGAGCCACACUUGCAGGUGUGCGCAUCGUGUGACUUUGCACGCUACUGUGACGACGUCUGCGAGGCCUCUGCGAGGCCAUGGCACAAGCGUGAAUGUGCUGCACUACAGCGGCACAAGGACGUGCCUGAUGCAGAUGUACGUGCUCUGGCGCAGCUUUUGUGGCUGAAAAGCGAGCGCACACCAGCAUGGUGGGCUCCUCUAGGUGCUAUGGCCUCGAAUCGACAUGCGAUGCAGGACCACGUCCGCGAAGAAGCAGCGAUGCUGGCUUUCCGAUUAGGCGUCUUUCUCGGCACGGAGGAGCGUGAAGCACUUGGCUUGACGAACGCCGACGAGCUCAUGGAGCUCGUGUGCCAGCAUAUGACGAACGCCUUUAUGCUCUCGGACGCGUACCUCGAUCCAUUGGGCGUGUGCGUCAAUCCGACGCUGGCGCUCGUGAAUCACGCAUGCGAUGCAAACGCUGUCAUGGUAUUCCCCACGAUGCAGCGCGGCUCACCAAGCAGGAUGCACCUUGUGGCUAUCCGACCUAUCUCAGCGGGCGAUGCCGUGCACAUGUCGUAUGUCGACGUGGCGACGAGCCGAGCUGAGCGCCAAGCCGUUUUGCAGGAACGCUACGGAUUCACCUGCGCAUGUGCAUUGUGUGAGCGAACGCAGUGGAUCGAUCCACGCACGGCGCUGUGGUGCACCUCCUGCUCAGAGUGGUCGGGCAGUGCAGCGUGUGGGCAUCGUCGUAUCGAGCCACGCGCCGUGGACAUGGGCGAAGACACCGAUCCCGACAUACUGGUGCACCGCACCGCUUUGGCACCUCCUUCGCAUUACCGCGUGUGGCCUUUGCUGUUCGCUGCUCACACACGAGCGAUCGAGAGGCAAGCCUGGGACGAUGCGGUGCAAUGUACCAUGCUGCUGUGUGCGGGAAUGCAAGCACGCGGCGCACGCGAUGCACGGAGCGCACUAUACCCACCCGGCCAUCCGCAACGUGCAGUGCUCUUAGCGACGCUGGGUCGCCUGCUGUGUGAGAAUGUCGAGCUGCACGAUACCCCCUCGCACCUUCUCGCACGACCGCUACCGUGCCUGUCUAUGCUCACAGACAUGACAUCGCGCCGUUUCAUGGCGCAUACGUUCCUCACACAGGCCCUCGAAGAAGCAUGUAUAGCUUUCGGGCACGACGGCGGCGCCAUGGGGGCACUGGUCCGUGCAUGUCUCGCACUAUAG